UGCACGCUGUCCACACCGCAGAGUUCUGCACAUCUAGCUGACAUAUAUCCUCGUGUUUUUCAUUAUCCCCAACCUUCUUUAUAGGAGUUCUAUUGAUCAAUAGGAGUUGGCCGCACUGCAUAUGCCCAUGACAUAAAAACAGGAUCCACCAGUCGCAUGAAUUAUCCCCCCAACAAUGAUGCCGUCCUUUCCGCGCCUCGCAUUCUUAGACUCGCUUCCAUCUGCUGGCACCAAUGGCGGUGUCGGACUUUCCGACCCUGCCACUGCGAGCCAGCGUCGUGCCAUGCUGGACCUAAUCAACCGCCUUCGUAAUACAGGGGUUCAGAGGGAUAUUGACCUCCCUAUGAUUGCGGUCAUCGGCAAUCAAAGUGCAGGCAAAUCAUCCCUUAUCGAAUCAAUUUCUGGCAUCACCCUUCCUCGUUCUCAGGGCACUUGCACAAGGUGUCCUACGGAGUGCAAGCUUACACAAGCAGACACACCUUGGACUUGCGUCGUCAAACUUCACUUUAUUACAGACGAACGUGGCUCACCCAUUAAACCCAUCAUCAUACCGUUUGGUGACCCCAUCCCUGAUAAGGUUCAUGUAGAAGAGCGUAUUCGCCGGGCACAGUGUGCAAUUUUGAACUCAAACACCGACCAUGAAAAAUUCCUCGAAGUUGUCAAGGUCCCAUCAGGUGGAAAUGAAAUAUCAUUUUCACGCAACUACGUUUCCUUGGAGAUUAGUGGUCGAGAGCUCGCUGACCUGUCGUUUGUCGAUUUGCCUGGGCUUAUCGCGAGCGUUGGACUUGCAGGUAAUGUCAACGACAUCAAGUUAGUGAAAGACCUCGUCACAUCAUACAUCGAGAAGCCAAGCUGUCUGAUCCUUCUCACGGUUGCUUGCGAAACGGAUUUUGAGAAUCAAGGGGCGCAUCACCUUGCAAAGCAACAUGAUCCAGAGGGGAAGCGUACAGUAGGUGUCCUCACGAAACCAGAUCGCAUUCCCCGUGGCGAAGAAGAAUCAUGGAUCCGUCUCAUCCGAAACGAAGUUGAACCGCUUGAUAACAACUGGUAUUGUGUCAAGCAGCCAAGCUCUCAUGAUAUUUCCCAGGGGAUAAACUGGGUUGGCGCUCGGAGCAUGGAGAGAGACUUCUUUGCAACAACAAAACCAUGGUCCAGCCUCGAUUCACAUCUACACCGGUUCCUUGGCACCAGCAGUCUUACAGAGCGACUCAGUGCAAUCCUUGCAGAGUUAAUCGCCAGAAGACUCCCUGAGAUUCAAGAAGAACUGCAGGAGGUAAUACUACAAGUGCAGAGUGAACUUGGAGAACUGCCGCCAGAGCCGUCGAGCAAUCCCGUGGGCGAAAUCCAUCAUGUCCUGAAUGGGUUCACCAGGGAGGUUUCGGAGUGUCUUAAAGGCACCCCGGACGAAAACGGACUUGUGCAAACAAUCCGAACCCAUUCUGAAAAGUUCAAACGAGAGAUAUAUUCCACGGCUCCUAAUUUCGUGCCAUGGGAGCGGAAAGAUACUCGCAGGCGAACAAAAUUGCCCGCCAUCAAGUUUUUGUCAAAUGAGGAAACUGUUGACCAAACGGAUGAAGGUGAUGACGACGAGCCCGGUCCAUCACCUGUUAUGCGUCGUCGCCCUGCUAAAAUUACCGUUAGAGCCAUCUACCAAGGCUAUGGGCGAAAUUCAUCAUAACAUGAACGGGUUCGCCUCGAUAUUUUUGGAGGAUCGUAAAGGAACCCCUGACGAGAAUGGGCUUGUACAAUCCCCACGACCUCAUUUCGCCAACGUCAAACACGAAGUCUAUCUCACGGCCCCUAUUCCCGAUCCAUGGGAGGGGAAGGAUACUCAGCGGCG